UCUGGUACCCGCUACCCGGAAAUGCUCUGCUCGCGCUGCUGAUGUUUGUCCUUCAUAAUAACUGGCAGCAUGUUCCUCACCUGUGUAUCCUUUGCAAAGAGCAAAUCAAAGACUAUUCUCGUUCAGAUGAUGAGCUCAGCAGGGUCAGGUUAUCGUUUCAACACAAAAAGGAACAGACUUAAAGACAAGCUCGUCCUAAGGAAAUAUGAUCCCUUUGUCCAACAUCACGUGCUUUUCUAUGAAAAGAAGAAAAUCCGUUCCAUUUAGACAGCACGCAGUGGAAGAAUCAGAUUGCUAUAAAGUGGACUCCUGGAAAAUUACAAGGUUUCACAUAUCCUGUGGCACACGCUGCGAUGAGGAAAUCUGCUACACCAGGCCAUCUAUUGUUUGAGGAGACAAUGUAAAAUCCCAGGAAGAAAAUACAUUUGAGCAUAUCUCUUGCAAGUGCCAACGGUCCCCUGGGUUCUUCAAUUGCAGCAACUAAUUCAAUAAAUAGUUGCCAUUUACCGAACAGUU